UGAUAAAUCAUUAAUAAACCCUCCUCCAUCAGGAGGAAAGACCACCACUACAUAAUUACAUGAUUUACAUCUUACUACAACACAGCUAGAACGCUUCCCACGUUCUCUCAUCCAUCUUCCUGAGAUUUUUGACCUUUUUUCUGACGGGUGGGUUGUGCAAAGUUCAACAACAAUGGUGAGGAGACUGAUGGAAGCAUGUUGUUUGAAGGACAAGGAGAAGGGAGAUGACGAUGAGAAGCCAGAUUACAUGGUGAGUGGGGGCAACAGAAUCAGAGGAAAAGUUGUGUUGAUGAAGAAGAAUGUGUUGGACUUCAACGACCUCAAAGCUUCGGUCGUUGAUAGAAUCCAUGAGCUCUUGGGCAAAGGUGUUUCCAUGCAGCUCAUCAGUGCCACUCAUCCUGAACCAGCAGCAAAUGGAUUGAAAUCGAGAGGGAAGCUUGGAGAGGUAGCUUACUUGGAGAAAUGGGUUACAACGACUACAUCUUUGUCGGCCGGAGAAGCUAGUUUCUCCAUUUCCUUGGAUUGGAAUGAGUCUCAUGGUGUUCCCGGGGCAUUGUUGAUCCGAAACCACCACCAUAGCCAAUUCUAUCUCAAGACAAUAACAUUAGAAGACGUUCCUGGGCACGGUCAACUCCAUUUUGUCUGCAAUUCUUGGGUAUACCCAGCACAUCGUUACAAGUACAAUAGAAUAUUUUUCCCCAACAAGGCCUACCUGCCAUCUGAAACACCUGAGCUACUACACCCUUACAGGGAAGAUGAACUUGUUAAUCUCCGAGGGAGUGGAUCAGGCGAACUAAAGGAGUGGGACAGAGUCUAUGACUAUGCUUAUUACAAUGAUUUAGGGAGUCCAGACAAGGGUCCAGAAUAUGCCCGCCCUGUACUUGGUGGGUCGAACGAGUAUCCAUAUCCAAGAAGAGGAAGAACUGGUCGAGAACCAACUAAAACCGACCCCAAUUCCGAGAGCAGACUGCCGCUUCUAAGUCUAGAUAUUUACGUUCCGAAAGACGAGCGGUUUGGCCACGUGAAGUUUUCAGAUUUUCUUGCCUAUGGCCUGAAAUCCCUGGUUCAAAUAUUGCUUCCAGAACUUAAGUCUUUGUGUGAUAAAACUAUCAACGAGUUUGACACCUUUGAGGAUGUACUUAAUCUCUAUGACGGAGGUAUCAAGCUACCAAAUGGACCUACUCUCAAGAAAAUACGGGAGUGCAUCCCUUGGGAGCUGCUUAAGGAACUGAUUCGCUCAGAUGGCGAGCGAUUUCUCAAGUUUCCAAUGCCUGAUGUGAUUAAAAGAGAUAGGUCUGCAUGGAGGACAGACGAAGAGUUUGCACGAGAAAUGCUAGCAGGGGUGAACCCUGUUAACAUCACCCGCCUCCAAGAGUUUCCCCCAGUUAGCAAGCUAGACCCAAAAGUGUACGGGAAUCAGAACAGUUCGAUAAGAGAAGAGCACAUUGCAAGCAACAUGAAUGGCCUCACGGUUAAUGAGGCAAUUGAAAGUAACAGGCUUUUCAUAUUAGAUCAUCAUGAUGCAUUAAUGACAUACCUGAGGCGAAUAAACUCUACGCACACAAAGACGUAUGCCACCAGAACUCUCCUCUUGCUCCAAGAAGACGGGACAUUGAAGCCUUUGGCAAUUGAGUUGAGCUUACCACAUCCACAAGGGGACCGUCAUGGUUGUGUCAGUACAGUCUUCAAUCCACCAGGACAAGGCAAAAAAGGCAUCGAGGAGUCGGUGUGGCAGCUUGCGAAAGCUUAUGCUGCUGUAAAUGAUUCUGGAUAUCAUCAGCUUAUCAGCCACUGGUUAAACACACAUGCUGUGAUAGAGCCAUUUGUGAUUGCAACACAUAGACAGUUGAGUGAGCUUCACCCGAUACAUAAGCUUUUGCAUCCGCACUUCCGGGACACAAUGAACAUAAAUGCCCUGGCCAGGCAAAUCCUCAUCAAUGCUGAUGGGGUACUUGAGAAAACAGUCUUCCCAGGUCGAUUCUCCAUGGAAAUGUCAGCCGUUAUUUAUAAGAGCUGGGUAUUCACCGACCAGGCAUUACCUGCUGACUUAUGCAAGAGAGGAAUGGCAGUUCUAGAUAAGACCUGUCCUCAUGGCCUCAGACUUCUGAUUGAAGAUUACCCAUUUGCUGUUGAUGGGCUAGAAAUCUGGUCGGCGAUUCAAACUUGGGUUGAUGAAUACUGCUGUUUGUACUACGAAUCAGAUGAUGCGGUCCAAGUUGAUUCUGAACUCCAGGACUGGUGGACAGAGCUUCGCAAUGUAGGCCACGGUGACAAGAAGAAUGAACCAUGGUGGCCUAAGAUGCAAACAAGAGAUGAACUUAUUGAAUCAUGUACCAUAAUUAUAUGGGUGGCUUCUGCCCUCCAUGCAGCUGUCAAUUUCGGGCAAUACUCUUAUGCUGGUUACCUCCCUAACCGCCCAACUGUAAGCCGACGCUUCAUGCCUGAGGCAGGCACUGCUGAAUAUGCUGAACUUGAGUCCAACCCUGACGCAGCUUUCCUCAAAACAAUUACAGCUCAAUUGCAAACUCUCCUUGGUGUAUCUCUGAUAGAGGUUUUAUCACGACAUUCAACUGAUGAGGUUUAUCUUGGGCAAAACGAUACUCCUGAGUGGACUUCAGAUGCUGAAGCACUAGCAGCAUUUGCAAGAUUUGGAGAGAAGCUGAUGGACAUCGAAAAGGGAAUCAAUGAAAGGAACAAGGAUAUGAGAUUGAAGAACAGAGUUGGGCCUGUAGACAUGCCUUAUACCUUGCUCUAUCCUAACACAUCAGACACGAGCAGAGAGGGUGGACUCACUGGAAAAGGAAUUCCCAACAGUGUCUCAAUCUGAACCUUUUGAUCUGUAUACUAGAUGAAUAUUUUUGAAGUAAUAAUAGUGUGACAUCGUACAAUGGGAGUGAAAGACUACCAAAUAGGUUUUUUGUAAUUCUCAUAUUCUUUUCUAUAAUCUUGUACCUAAGUGAUGGUGCAGACGGCACUAUCUUAGUAAUGUGCAUUAGUUGUGCAGCUGUAAACAUAUGCUUCCCUGAAAUCAAGAACUCGUGAAACCUACGGGUUGUGCCU